AUGACAGUCUACCUCGCUAUUCCUAUCCUCGACGAGCUCGUUCGAAUUGUUGAAGAUCACCCCGAUCACGAAGACACGGUAAAGGCAAUGGCUUCUGGAAUUCUCAACUAUCACUUCCCACCAACAAACGGGUACACAGUCACUCCUGAGCAAAACAGUGAUUAUACUGCAAUGGUCACUCUCCGCAUCCGACGCUACUUUCCCGGAGAUCGAGGUCUUGCUGACCACACCGUCGUUGGAGUGGAGCGUGCAAAAGAUUCGCUGAAUGCAUCGUUGGGGCAAUUGGAGAAUGCCCUUGAACACAUCAAUAUCAAAUUCGGAAGAGGUUGGGCGAUUGUAGUUCAUGGGUACACCUUCAACUUCUAUGAAUACCACGCAAGCCUCCCUGAGCACGCACGCCUCAUUCCUUGGGGGCCUCCCAGCCAGCAACAGCAGAACUCAUUCCAUGCGCGUGAGGACGGUGUUGUGAUUGAUUGGAUGCUGCGGCACAUGGCACAAAAUGAUAGGCCCGUUAAUAUGUAG